AUGAUCCCUACUGGAGGGCGAGCAUCUCUUCCGAGAUGGCCGAAGGGAUUGACACCUUGUAAUCCCUGUACUCGCGUUCGGGAAGGUCGUUCUCCGACGGCUAUUCUUCGAACGCAGCGGGCGGGUCUCGUCAUAUUGCUCGACGAGACCAAUGACGUCAACAAUCAGCUGGGAACGAGGCUUCCGGCUGUCCCACGCCGGUGGAUAGCCACGCCAGCGGACGAGGUAACUCGUCCGGACGCCAUUUACAUCGCGGUGGUUCAAAUAACGCUCCACUACAUUGACCACCUCUUGAUUCCACCAAAGGAUGUGGUGGCGGCGGGAACACCUGAUCCGUCACGAGGUCCGGAUCAACUUGAUGUUCAAGAGCUGAAGCGUGUAUCGGAUAAACUAGACGACGUCCUGACUCGUGAACGGACUCGGCGUUAUGAGCUUCAUGAUCUUGUAAGAGAUAAUUACAAUUCCUUAACGCACGAUCGCUCGGACGAUUUUGCCGCGUUUGCGUUCGCACAACUAAAGGACGAACGUUCGACUCGUUCUCUUCGUGACGAGCUGGCUGCAGCUCGCCGAGACAUCGCUGAGCUGCGUGAGCAGGUCGCUCCGCUAGUCGAUCAGACUGGCUCGUUGAAACGGGACCACUCGAAGGUGGUCUCGGCUCUCGACCGCGGAGGAUUUCUUCACAUCUCGAAACGGGCUCGCACUUAUAGUACGGGCGGAGACGACCAACGUAAAACGUAG